AUGAUCUUUACAAUUGGGAAGGAGGUGUUUGGUGCAGAUCGCAGUACCUUCGUCUUGCCUGAAGAUAUUACACAGUUAGCAGGCAUGGAAGAAAUUGGGGCUAUUGUGCUUGCAGUAUAUAUGAGGUGCUUAUAUGAUCAUUUGAAAGUAGCAAAUAUGCUCAACGUGGUUGGCUUUAUCGACCCUGCUCAAGUUAGUGCCAACGCUGGCCGUCAUUGGGUCUUGCUGAUUGUGAGAGCAAAGAAGGAAACCGUCUAUUUUCUGGAUCCUCUGCCUGGAAAUCGUGUGGUUAAUGAGGAGGCCAAAAACAUGGUGAACAGUGCUAUAAAAAUUUAUAAUUCCCACAUAGGCAGACAAGGCCGUAAAGCACCCAUUUGGAAAACUCUGCCAGGCACACCAAAGCAACCCAGCAAUGUCGAAUGCGGGUAUUAUGUCAUGCACUUCAUGAGAGAUACCAUCAUGGAUCCUUCCCUGGAGUUUGAGAAGACGUUUGCCAAGGGAAAAGAGCAAGCGCCAUACCCCCAAGCACCAUUGAUGAAGUCAGGAAUGAAUGGGCAGAGUUUGGAUCACUUAUACUUUAAUGGAGUUGACCAAAGCUAUAAGAAUUGGACAUUUCACGGAGAACCUUGGGAAGCAACUACUAAUGCUAGUAGAAAUGUUGAAGAAGAUGAUGACCAUAGUAGGUACAGUUUUGUGUCUGAAGAAAUAGAGAUGGAUGAUAAUGAUUUUGGUGAUUUUGGAUCCGAUCCUUAUGAGUUUGCCAAUGUGAUUGGGGAUGGAGAUCAACCAUUGUACCCUGGUUGUAGAAAGUACACGAAGUUAUCAGCAUUAGUGAAGUUGUAUAAUUUGAAGGCAAAACAUGGGAUGAGUGAUGUCUGUUUUACAGAAUUAUUGAUACUUCAAGGCGAUUUGCUUCCAGAAGGAAAUACAAUACCGGCCUCUAUGUAUGAGGCAAAAAAGACUUUGUGUGCAUUGGGGCUGAGUUAUGAGAAAAUGCACGCAUGCCCCAAUGAUUGCAUCUUGUAUAGGAAGGAGUAUGAAGAUUCAACUAAUUGUCCUACUUGUGGUAUCUCAAGGUGGAAGGAAGGCAAAGAUUCAAUCUUGAAAGAGGGUGUGCCAGCGAAGGUGGUGUGGUAUUUUCCUCCAAUUCCAAGGUUUAAAAGGAUGUUUCGAUCACAUGAGACAGCUAAGAGUUUGACUUGGCAUGCUGCUAGAAAAUCAAUUGACGGUCAGAUGUCUCAUCCGGCGGAUUCCCCGUCUUGGAAACUUCUUGAUGAUAAAUGGCCCGAGUUUGGUAAUGAGCCGAGAAACUUGAGAUUGGCUCUUUCAUCUGAUGGAUUCAAUCCCCACAGUUCUCUAAGUAGCAGAUAUAGUUGCUGGCCAGUUAUCUUAGUUACAUAUAAUCUCCCUCCAUGGCUGUGCAUGAAACGAAAGUUCAUGAUGUUGACCUUAUUGAUUUCCGGUCCUAAACAACCCGGAAAUGAUAUAGACGUCUACUUGGAGCCUUUGAUUGAUGAUUUAAAAUCUUUGUGGGAUGGGAUUGGAGGAGUGUAUGAUGCACAUAAUGGAGAAUACUUUACACUCAGAGCUGCAUUAAUGUGGACAAUUAAUGAUUUCCCCGCCUAUGGAAACUUAUCUGGUUGUGUUGUUAAAGGAUAUAAAGCUUGUCCAAUAUGCGGCGAUGAUACACCUAGUCACAGGUUGAAAAAUGGCCACAAAAUUUGUUACAUUGGGCAUAGAAAAUGGUUACCAAUCAAUCAUCCAUAUAGGAGGCAACGUGCAGCUUUUAAUGGGAAACCUGAAUAUGGCACGCCUCCCGAGCCAUUAACCGGAGAAGAAGUGCUGCAUAUGGUUGAAGAUGGUGACAGAGUUUGUUGGAAGAAGAAAUCAAUAUUCUUUGAUCUCGAGUAUUGGAAAUACCUUCCUGUGAGGCAUGUCCUAGAUGUUAUGCACAUUGAGAAGAAUGUUUGCGAUAGUAUCAUUGUAUGGAGAAAGAUUACUCGUUUGCCUCCCGGGCCUUGGAAUUUGUCAAGAGCAGAGAAGAGAGAGGUUUGCAAUUCUUUCUAUGGUAUGAAGGUCCCUGAAGAGAAGUUCGUCUAUGUGGGCCAGUAUAUUUUAGAUGGAUGUAUCCGUUUGAAAAGAUAUAUGAAAGUGCUAAAGGGGUAUGUUCAGAAUCGUACUCGUCCCGAAGGUUGCAUUGCUGAGCGGUAUAUAGCUGAAGAAGCUGUAGAGUUUUGUACCGAGCAUUUAUCUGAUGUUAGUACAGUUGGAGUGCCUUCAAGCCAAAAGAUGGGAGUUUCAAAGCCAUUAUCAGGUUGCACAGUGAGCGUAGUUGAUCGGGACCUGUUGAACCAAGCACAUCUAUAUGUCUUGGAGAAUACGGAGGAAGUCCUACCUUAUAUCGAGCAACAUAUGAUCCACAUCAAGACCGCUUAUCCAAAAUUUAGAAAGAGAACAAAGUGGCUGCAGGAUAAGCACAAUAGCACUUUCAUUCAAUGGCUACGCUUCAAGGUUCAAAGUGAACUUAAUGAGGAAGACAAUCAUGGCGUAUCAGAAAAUUUAAGGUGGCUAGCAGCUGGUCCAAACAUGGCAGUGCCAUCAUAUAGGAGCUAUCUUAUUAAAGGUAUUAAAUUUAACAUCAAGGCACAAGAUGAUGUGCGGACAACUCAAAAUAGUGGAGUUUAUUUACUUGCACAUACCAUGCAAGUUGCUAGUGCCAAGUCUUUAGGUGUGAUUAUAACAUCUUCACCAUCUAGAGUAAUGAUGAGUCUAAGAACACCAUGCAUUGAUGGGUGGUGGGUAAAGAUAGUACUUCUGGUCUUGUAG